CAGUCCCGGCGGGGCAUGCCCGGCCCCAGGAUGCCGGCCUGGGGGAUCUUGCCCAUCACGCUGCCUGCCUUCACCAUCACCGGCAUGUGGAUCGUAUAUGCCAUGGCACUGUCCAACAACCACAUCUGCCCUGUCCACAACUGGACUUACAACCAGUCAUGUGACAUGGACGGCCCCAGCUCCUGCUGCACACUGGAUCACAUCCCCCUUGUCAGCAAGUGUGGCACCCUGCCUCCCGAGAGCUGCUUCUUCAGCCUCAUCUGCAGCCUGGGCUCCUUCAUGGUCAUCCUGGUGGGACUGCUGCGCUAUGCCCACCUCCUGGAGCGCCUGGGGCCAUCCCUCCUCAACACCCUGGGGCUGGCCACUGGCUGGGUCUGCGCUGCUGGCCUCACCAUGGUUGGCAACUUUCAGGUGGAUCACGCCAAGGUGCUACACUACAUUGGGGCUGGGGUGGCCUUUCCCACCAGCAUGCUGUUCCUGCUCCUGCAGUCCAUCCUCACCUACCGCAUGGCCAAAACCCGAGGGCAGUACUGGACCGGCCACUUACGUAGCAUCCUCACCACUGUGGCCUUCUUCACCCUUGUCUUCAGUGGUGUGUUCUUCAUCCAGGAGAGCUUUGUGCUACAGCACGUGGCUGCCUUGUUGAGAAGAAAUGUGGAGCGUACCCGUAGGCUCUCCCCUGAUCCUGCCCCUCUGCUAGAAGUCGCCGGUGGUUUUUCUGUGGUCAGGCAGCCCUUGACCCCAGCGGAAUUCUUCCUGUCUGUGGUACUGGCAAUCCCUGUGGCGAUGCUGGGGCUGGACGGGUUGCUGAGACCAUCCUCUUCCUCUCCGGCCGGCGGCCGGCCCCGCGCCGACAUGGACGAGCAGUUCCAACCCUGCCUGGAUGGGAUUGACUAUGAUGACUUCAGUUUUGGCUCCCACAUGAUGGAGCAGAAGGAGCCCCUGAUGGAGACAGCGGAAGGUCCCUACCUUGUCAUUAUUGAGCAGCCAAAGCAGCGGGGUUUCCGAUUUCGGUAUGGCUGCGAGGGCCCUUCCCAUGGGGGGCUGCCAGGAGCAUCCAGUGAGAAGGGGCGCAAGACCUAUCCCACUGUCAAGAUCUGCAACUACACAGGGGUGGCCCGGAUCGAAGUAGACCUGGUGACGCACAGUGACCCUCCCCGGGUACACGCCCACAGCCUCGUGGGCAAGCAGUGCAACGAGGCUGGCAACUGUGUCACGAUCGUGGGACCCAAGGACAUGACUGCUCAGUUCAGCAACCUGGGUGUGCUCCAUGUCACCAAGAAGAAUAUGAUGGAAAUCAUGAAGGAAAAGCUGAAGCAGCAGAAGAUGCGCAACAGGAGCCAGCUGCUGACAGAAGUGGAGCUGCGUGAGAUCGAGCAGGAGGCGAAGGAGCUGAAGAAGGUGAUGGACCUGAGCAUUGUGCGGUUGCGCUUCACCGCCUACCUCCGUGACAGCAGUGGGAACUUCACACUGGCCCUCCAGCCUGUCAUCUCGGACCCCAUCCAUGACAGCAAGUCCCCUGGAGCUUCCAAUCUGAAGAUCUCACGGAUGGAUAAGACAGCAGGGUCUGUGCGGGGAGGAGAUGAAGUCUACUUGCUGUGUGAUAAAGUUCAGAAAGAUGACAUUGAGGUGCGUUUCUACGAGGAUGAUGAGAAUGGCUGGCAGGCCUUCGGGGACUUUUCUCCUACAGAUGUGCACAAGCAGUACGCCAUUGUCUUCCGCACACCCCCCUACCACAAGCCCAAGAUCGACCGUCCUGUCACCGUCUUCCUGCAGCUGAAGCGGAAGCGGGGAGGGGACGUGAGUGACUCCAAGCAGUUCACCUACUACCCAGUGGUGGAAGAUAAGGAAGAAGUGGAGAGGAAGCGCAAGAAAGUCCUGCCUCAGUUUCCUCAGCACUUUGGCGGUGGCUCGCACAUGGGGGGGGCUGGCGGGGGGGCCGGGGGCUUUGGCUCUGGAGGAGGUGAGUGGCAAUGCCUCUUCCCCCUCCUCCCCUCCUCUCUCAGGUCGCUGAGGUCUGGCCCUGGGGGCUCCCUUCUGCUCACCCAUCUUCUGCCUUGCCCCACAGGUGGGAACCUCAGCUUCCCAUACUCCCCUGGGCUGACCUACAGUAGCAUCUAUUCGUCCAGCCCCCACCCAGUGGGAAGCUACCAGGGGGGUGUGCAGAUGAAAGGCUCCGAGGCAGAGGGGCCUGGGAGCGACAGGCAGGCACCUGCAGAAGAGAGCACGUACUGCAAGGAGCUGCAGAAGCACGCCCAGCUGUGCCAGCUGUGGAUGCUGGCGCUAGCCCGUCGCAAUGCCCAUGCCCUGCUCGACUACUCGGUGACCGCCGACCCCCGCAUGCUGCUGGCAGUGCAGAGGCACCUGGCCGCGUCACAGGAUGAGAACGGAGACACGCCUUUGCACCUGGCUAUUAUCCAUGAACAGACAGCUGUGAUCAAGCAGCUGAUCGACGUCAUUGUUAGCAUCCCCAGCCAGCAGAUCAUCAACAUCUCCAAUAACUUGCAACAGACACCACUGCAUCUGGCAGUCAUCACCAAGCAGCCCCAGGUGGUCCAGCUCCUGCUGCAAGCCCGCGCUGACCCAACCUUGCUGGACCGCUAUGGCAAUUCCCUGCUGCACCUGGCACUCCAGGCUGGCGAUGAAGAGAUGCUGAGGACGCUGCUGGCUCACCUGGGCUCAGCUGCCCCUUACCUGCUCCGCCUGCCCAAUUUCCAUGGCCUCCUGCCUGUGCAUUUGGCUGUGAAGGCAAAGAGUUUGGCUUGCUUGGACCUGCUGAUCAGGACGGGAGCAGAUGUGAAUGCAGUGGAGAGGCAAAGUGGGAGGACCCCACUGCACCUGGCUGUGGAGAUGGAGAACCUGAACAUGGCCACCCACCUGGUGAAGAAGCUGGGAGCAGACAUCAACAGCCGGACUUUCGCUGGGAACACCCCCCUGCACUUGGCUGCUGGCCUGGGCUCCCCCACCCUCACCAAACUGCUCCUUAAAGCUGGGGCGGAUGUAUUGUGUGAGAACGACGAGCCCAUGAGCCUAUCCUCGUCAGAGGCCAGUAGCGACACAGACACCGACCCUGAGGAACAGGAGCUGCCCAUGGAUUUGGGAGAGCCAGCCCUGGCUGCGGAGCACAGCACCAAUUCCAAGCUCUCCACACAGGGACACUGGCAGGCAGGGCACAGGCAGCGCCGCUGCCACACGUCCCUGGACCUGACUCGGAGCCAGAAGGUGCGGGAGAUCCUGCUGCAGGCCUCCCAGCAGGGGCCCGAGGCAGAACAGCCCACUGCCCCCCAGCCAGGGAAGGUCCUGUCACUGGACAAUGAGGCACUGCAGGGGCUGGAGCAGCUGCUGAACCAGGACUGCAGUGGGUCAGACUGGAUCGAGCUGGCCAAGCGGCUGGGGCUGUGCAGCCUCGUGGAGACCUACAAGGACACACCUUCGCCCAGUGCCAGCCUCCUGCGCAGUUACGAGCUGGCAGGUGGCAGCCUGGGAGGACUGCUGGAGGCACUGGACUCUAUGGGGCUCCACAACGCUGUGAGGAUGCUCCACAAAACCGAGGCACUGGAUAAGCUGCAAAGCACAGAGCUGAAGGAAGACAGUGCCUACGGCAGUGAGUCGGUGGAGGAGGAGCAGGCGCCCACACUAGCCCUGAAGCCAGGGGGAGAGCUGCCCCCCAGCCAGCAGCCACAGGUGCACUGAGGAGCCAGCCAGCAGCCCCUGUGACCACACAGGGAGCUGCACUGCCCUCUGCCUUGCCCACACAAGUGCCUUCUGGACUUGGGGUCCGGCUACCUGGACUCAGGGGAAUGGGAUGCAGCUGGCUCCUGCCCGUCUCUGCUCUUAUUUAAUGGUCCCUCUUUGAAUAAAAGGACACCGGUUACAUUA